AUGUCGAUAAAGUUUUUGACGGGUCUACAGGUAAGCGAAUUAUAAGUGCGUGUGGUGUGUGUGUGUGGAAGAGAGAAAAAGAGCUGAUGUCGGUUGAUCUUUGGUUUUGCUACCAACCGUUAGGACUUUAUAUGAACUUUUCGCUCCAUUUCGUUAGUUUUCGACCUCAACAACAUUGAGCUUCUCGUAAAGUCAAUGCCAUUUGCAGGAUCUUCUUGGUCUGUACGAAACGGGUACCGCUGCUUCUUCGCCGGCGUCUCCGAUCCCUCCGACGUCGCCGUCGAUGUUCGCAGUGCCUUCCCAGCAGUCGCACUCGGCUGCAACUUCAGUGCGAAAGAAAGUGGUCCAGGACGCGAACAGCUCUACAGAAGAAGCCGCCGAAGAGGGCCGCAUCCGACAAUGUUCCCACUCUCGAACCGUCUCUUUUCCGGCUGAUAUGGACUUGAUCACAGGCUAUCACGAGGCUCCAACUUCUCAAUUCAACGCUGUCACUGAUUCCGACGCUACCAGGACAGUGGAUCCAUCAGAAAUCUUGAGAGCCUAUCGAGAAGCCUGUCAGAGUAGGCAGUGUCCGCCCAGUGCCACGGUCGAGAAGCAGAUAGGCUACUUUCACAAGAGCCCAUCGACCAGGCAGGAAUUGCUCUCAUUGAAGGGAGAACGUGUGUCGCAUGCUCAGAUGGAGGCGUUGGAGGAGAUCUUCAAGAGAGUUCAGUUCAAUUCAAUCGAUUUCGAGUACACUUUUCUCGAUGAUGAUGUGAGUGGCUUCACUAUUAGAACCAACCAACUUUCAUUUUUCAGAGCGCCAUCUCCCUUGGCGAAAUGAUAGAGUUCUAUGACUCUUGUGUCCGUCUCAACCUUUCCUUCAACAAGCAAAUCGAUAUGCGCGGGUGGACGACCAUAUUCCGGGCGGUGCGCAACGCAUUCUCCCUCCAAAUGCUGAAUCUCCGCUACACCAGUCUCAACGACCGUUCGAUUCCGGCGCUCUGUCGUUUGGCGCGUGCUCAACCAUCGGCUUCUCUAACGUGCUUGCACCUAGAGAACACUCAAUUGUCCGGCAAAAAUCUUCUCGUGCUCAUUUCUGCGCUGAAGAACAAUAACGGACUGAAGGAGUUGUACCUGGGCGAUAACGGACUUCAGCCGACCGACGGUUCGCAUAUUUUCCAGCUGAUCGUUGGCAAUUCGUGCCUGCAAUUGUUGGACUUGCGAAAUAAUAAUCUCGCGGAUUCUGGAGUCCGCCACAUCUGCGAUGCACUACGACAUCGUCAGUGUCUCGAAGGCAGCGCACUUUCGGCCAUCGUGCUCUGGAACAACAACGUGACGGGCGCGUCUAUGGACUCACUUGCCGACGCGCUGACGGAGAACACACGAAUCGAGACGCUGAACAUUGGAAACAACAAACUCGGAGUUGUGGGAAUUGCACACUUGAAGCCGGCGCUCGUUUCCAACUCUCAUCUCCAUCGUUUGGGUCUUCAGAACACGAGACUCAGUUGUGAGGGAGCCAUCAUUCUGGCCGAAUGCAUUGCGGAUAACAAUGCGCUUCUGAGAGUUGAUAUCAGAGAUAAUCCUAUUGGUUAGUUCUUGGAAAUGGUUCACAGUUGUCCUAGACAUGAGUAUACGAGAUAUCGGACUUGUGUUUUAUCACGUUUACAAUGUUUUCAGCUCUUGCCGGUCUUCUGGCUCUUCACUCUGCAAUGAAGUUGAACAAAUCGAUAACCCUUCUGAAUAUCGAUGCGGCGUGUGUGAAGCUAAGCAAUGAAAAGGUUAGUUUUGAUGGAGAAAUGUCUGGUGUAGUCUUGUGUUGGAUAUUGGUCGAAACGCUUUUUAUUAUUGAGUUCUAGUACAUCAUCUGUGUCUCAUUUCUUUUUAAGUUCGGUCCUCUGCACGCGGACGUCAACUAAAUCUUGACACAAGACUCCGUUCCUUUCUAAUGCUUGUGACGUGUUUAUUCGUUGUUUUCCAAUCUAUAGGUUCGCGAAUAUCAGGACGAGUUCGAGCGAUACUUCCGUGACAUUCAAAUGUAUUGUGAUCGGAACAAGGACGAGGUGAUGAAGAGAUUGACGGUCACUUUUGAGGAUGACGAAGCAGAAGAGGCCGGAGAAGAAGGAGACGACGGAGAAAAGACUGAAGAGGGCGAAGAGAAGCAGGAGCAGUCUGAUGAACAAAGAGGAGAUAAUGAAGGUUACAGAGAAAGCUAGGGAAACGUUUAAAACUUUAUGUUUUCAGAGUCCACAACUGGAGCGGUAAUAGCGACAGACCAGUCAAACGCGGAGUCCUUCGAUACGCCCACAGAACUGAAUUCAACCCUUUCCACACUAUCAACCCGAAAAGAGAGCAACAACAACGAGAAGCGACCUCUAAUGCUCUCGUCCUCCACUUCCCAAAUCAAUAGGACAGACAAACAGCAACGAUUUGCAAGAAGUUCUUCGCUCACUUGUGCUGAGACCGUGCAUGAUAUUCAUGAUAGACUGCGUGAAAUGUCGGGAUCGACUCAUUCGCUGGAUGCUGGAAUCGCCGCCGCUUCGGUGACGUGUGGCCCUCUGGACAGCUCUAGCAAUUGCGAAUCGAUGAAGACGAUCAAAAAGUCGUUUACAGUGUCGGCGGCGCAACCGGCCGCUCUCCCGCUUGCCGAAUGGGGCUCUCUUCCGGCUCUUCCACAGGCCAGUCCUACUUCAACACCGGUUGUUCGGAAACUCCGACGUUUCUCGGUUUCUCCGUCGUCUUCGGUGUUCGACGUGGCUACAACUUCCUCGUCUGCAACAAAUUCUCCGAUGCGACAACCGAUUCCCGAGGCGUCUUCUUCUUCCGCCACUUCAGAAGCUUCGUUUCAUCCCACUCGUCCCUCAACCCUAGCCAUCGGAAUCCCGCCGGCUGGAAGUGUACCGUCUGGGCCCUCUUCUGCGCCGUUGAUUCUCAUUGAGGACGACCACAAACACGCGAACACGAACAACGAAGAGUUCCGGGCUUCACCAGAAACUUCCAGAUUGCGAGAAGCAGAGGAAACGGAGGGGGAGAAGGAACGGAAAAUAUGCCAAGCUGUUAUCGGGGAUCUGUUGAAUUAUGUGGAGUACGAGGAGAAGUCGCAAGUGGAGAGGAAGGCGUCGCUCUUGCUUCGGAACGCGUUCAGUCGGCCCAACCCGGAAGAGCUUCUUCGAAAUCUGCGCUACUCGGAAACAUCCGCAACGCCUGGCAGUUCGACUCCACAGAGCAGGACACCGUUAACUCCUUCGAGGUGAGACUGGCUCGUCGUCCAUCCAGAAAGUAACUUCACCAUUUCAGAGUGUUCGAAAUCGCCGAAGAGCUGGAAGGCGAGAGCGACGAUCAAGUGUGCCGAUCGGUGAUGCGUUGCCUCGUGCGCGAUGUGCUUCAAGCCGAGAAAAACAUGCUACGGUCCACUUUGGACAGGCGUCGUCGGCACGCCAGUGCACGCAAUUCGCCAGUCUAA